CCUACAACCCUCCAACUGCCAGACAAUCGGUCUUACCUCCUGAGCUAUGUCGCCCCAUAGCGGGUAUGCCUUCUGCUAAGUUCGUAUGUUUGUAUAUGCAUUUCUCUGAUUCCUUAUAUAAUAAAGUGAAGUCAAUUGCAACGGGGUAUUUCACCUGGUUAAAUAAAGAAUACGUUUUUGAAAAAUGACAUGACCACACAAUAUAGAACCAAUCAUGCAUUGUGUUGCAGGUUUAUUUAUGUCUUAUUAUUUCUCCAACAAUUCUGCCACCACAAACUAAACAUCAGCUGCUCUCUACUGCCAUGUCACAAGAAUCUUCCAUCAACAACAAUAUGGCAUUAGUCAAUGAACAUGCCACUGAACACAAUUUAUGGGUCUCCAAAAGUUACCAUUCAAGAGUAAGGGAUUACUCAACUACAUCUUCUUCGUCCCCUUCCGUUCACUCUAAAUUCUCAUAUUCAUUUCACGUAUUUGUACAACAUGCCACUACAUCACGCAUCCUUCCCGUUGCCCCCAGCAAACGGUGGCUAUAACGGUUUGAUAUGACUCCUGACGAGUGAAACAGAUCCCACAUCAUUAAAAUCGUAAAAGGACGAACUGGUGACACGAAAGAAUGCAGGGAACUGGGAAGCGUAUAGAUUCUGAAUAGUGCUUUAUUACGUGCCAAGAAUGUGGUCCAUAGCGUCCAUCGUGCCAUUCUUUAAUUUGAAGCGCAUACCAAUUUGGUUAAGUGUGUUUUGGCUGAGGAUAUAUGGUUUUAAGUUUAACCUGCCUUAAUUGAUUAUUUAUAUAUCUAUUCAAGGAAAAUCCCCAGAUACUUUUCAUAGGCAAUAAUAAUGUACAAUACUCUUCGAGUGGAAUUAGAUGGACGCCGAUUUGACCGUAACUUGAGGAUCUUGAUUUUGUGUAAAGGCGUCACAAGUAAAUCCUUCAUAAAGUGACCAAUUGUGUGCGUCUUAACGCCGGGUUCUGUUAGGCAACAGCACUUUUGGAAUUAUGGCAUUAUAAAUAUUCCAUUUUUAGUUCACAUUCUCACAGAAACAAGUCUUCACUUGCUGAUCACUUCAGUUUUUCUCAACGAAAUAUAUUUUUGGACACUACCUCGGUAGCUUGAAGCUGAGUAUGGACGAUACUGGCAGUAUCAGCCCUAGCCAAGAUGAGCCGGAAACUUCCGGAGCCGUCUCGGAGGCAGACCAGCCAGCCGAGAGCGGGGGGGAUCCGGAGGAUGGAGGGAGCGGGGAGAACGGAGAGGGCGCGGAGGGCGCGGGGAACGGAGAGAGCGAUCGGGCCGUGACCCAGGAGACGGACGAGGACGUGGUCGCAGAAACGAAGGAGGGUGCCGUCGGGGAGAGGAGAGAUGAAAUGGUGGGAGACAUGGAGGAGGAACUGCUCGUGCUGGACCCUGAGCAUCCUCUGAUGAAAGGCUUCCAGGCCGCACUGAAGACUCAUCUGGAGAAACAGCUGGAGAGGCUGGAGAAUGAGCUGCGUGAGCUGCGGUCCAUGGAGCGGGCGGAGGGUGACGGGCGUGUGGAGGUGGGCACGGCCCUGUAUAAGGUGCAGGAGGAGCUCGGGCGGGUGGACGCCAGGCUGCAGGGGCAGAACAAGGCCAACGCUGCCACGUCCUCGCAGCGCCAGAAGGCUCAGGACCGGCUGGAGGACGUCCGCCGCGACUACCGCGCCACUGUGGCCCAGAACAAACAGCUGUGGGCGCAGGUGUCCCAGAUGCAGGCGGAGGUGGACACCAUGGCCCUGCGUCUGCUCUACCUGCACGGGGCCAGCGAGGACAUGUGCUCUGACCUGGCAACCACGCAGACCUGCACGCGCAAGGCCCAGGUGGAGAAGAACCGCGCCGCGCAGGAGAAGAACACGCAGGACCUGUACGUGGACCGGCUGACGCAGAAGCUGGAGCGGCUGCAGGAGCAGACCGCACUGUACAACGCGCGUGCAUCCGCACAGGCCAUGGAGACGCAGGUGGCCCAGGAGGGCCUGUCUGAGGCUCAGAUGGAGCUGGAUGCUCUGCUGGUCGAGCAGAAGCAGCUUCUACAGCAGUGGAACAUCAGCCUGCUGGGAGUUCGGCGCCGCGACGAGGCGUACAACGCCAUGCUGGAUGCGCUACGGGUGGCACGGGACCAGGCCCGGGCUCUGGACACGGAGAUCGAAGGUUUCCGGAAGUCCAUAGGGCAGGAGGAGGAGCAGAACGAGCAGCUGACGGUGGCGUUGAACUCGGCCCGUCUGGACUGCGGGACGUCCCGUAAGCUCAUUGCGCGCAGCAAGACCCAGGAGGAGGCGCUGUUGGCCCAACACGCCACCUACACACGCAUGCUGCAGGAGAGCGAGCACAUGCUGGAGCAGGUCACAGUGGACUGCGCGGCGCGGCGGGCGGAGGCUGCGGCGCUCCGGGCGCUGAUAGACCGCGAGGUCGGCGUUCGCCGGGAGCUGGAGGAGAAGAUCAUGGGCAAGAUGCAGGAGCAGCUGUCACACGGACAGGCCGCCAAGUACUCCCGCCAGCAGGUGGAGAAGAUCGCCACCCAGAAGAAGGAGAGGGAGCUCCAGGUGGCCCUGCUGGAGGAUGACAUCGCUCAGGUGACGCUAGAGAGCACGGAGGUGAAGCUGCGGGCGGAGUCUCUGUCCCGCGUGUGGGCGGAGCUUCAGAAGGAGAUGGCCCAUCAGCAGGAGCUGCUGGCCCACAGCGAGGCCGAGAUCAGCAAGCAGGACAUCAUCAUCGAGCGCAAGCAGUUCGCCAUCGGCAACUACAACAAGAAGAUCGAGGAUAUGUGCACCAAGCACGAGGACGUGGGUGGGCUGGAGAUUCGUGUGCAUAAGCUGCGUAAGGAGCUGGAGGAGAUGGAGGCGGAGAUCCAGGGCCAGCAGCAGUCCUGGCUCCGCCAGCAGGAGGAGCUGGUUAAACUCAACCAGGACAGGCAGACCCAGAGCGCCGCCCUGCUGACCCUGCAGGGGAAGCUCACCAUCCUGCAGCAGAAGAAAGUGCACACUGAGGGUGAGAUCCAGCAGGAGCGCAGGGAGCAGGCGGAGGUGGAGAGGCACAUGAACGGCCUGAUGCUGGACAUCGUGAAGCUCAACGGCCUGCUCAGCAAGAACAGCCAGCAGAGCGAAGCCCUGGAGCACCGCAACUGCCUCAUGGAGAGCGACUUCAUCAGCAGGCUGAAGGAUUCAGAAAGGGAGGCCAUUGAAUUGCAGAUGAAUCUGGAGAGGAUCCAAGAAGAGAAGGACAUGCUCCUCAACAGCCUACUGGAGGCCGAGCGGCAGGUGCUCCUGUGGGAGAAGAAGACGCAGCUGGUGAAGGAGACUCAGCUGGCAGUCAGGGAGGAGAUGGGACAGGGAGACGUCCGCUUCCUCAAGUCUGAGAUUCACCGCAUGGAGGUGCGGUACGAUCAGUUGAUGAAGCAGCAGGCCCGGUUGCUAAGGGAGCUGGAUGCGGCGGUUGCUAGGCGGGAGGCCAUAGAGAUGCACUGUGAGACCCAGGCCCGGUCCGCCCGGACCCGCCCCGCCCACACUGAGUCCCACAGCGUCCUGCAGGGCCUGCGCAGGAAGAUACAGGACUGCCAGAAGAAGUGUAAGGAGUGUGAGGGUGUGGUCGUGGAGCUGCAGGACACACAGAGGGGGCUGCGCUCCACCCUGUCCCAGAAGCAGAAGCAGCUGGCCGAGCUGCGCAGCACCUGUGACACGGUGGACACAGAACUGCGCAGCCUGCAGGACGCCAAGGAGAAGAACCGGUCCCGGUUGAUCACGCUGCAGGGGCGUGUCCGGCACCUGCAGGCGGUUCGGGACGGGCGGUACCGGUCCGUGUGCGUGGGCGGGACAGCCCCGGGCUCCACCGCCCAGCGCCUGAGUGCCCACCUGCAGGCGGUGGACUCCAUCCUGCAGUGCGUCUACCAGAACUGCCCCGAACACCGGGGGGCGCUGCACCUCCUCACCCUGGCCUUCGCCUCCCGCCGGGAGCUCCUCGACCCCGCCCCCCGCUCCUGACAUCACUUCCUCUCCCCACCUGCUGUGCACUCGACCCCGCCCCCCGCUCCUGACAUCACUUCCUCUCCCCACCUGCUGACUGCAGGGGGGCCAGGCCUUUGACUGGGGGCUCAGAUGGCAAAAUUUUUGAACAUUAUUUGCUAAAAAAAAAGUAAUUAAUAAAAAAUUCAGAAAGUUAUUUGCUAGUUUUGU